AUGAAAACAUCGAGUUCAAUCGGGGUGUUCGCUCUCCUUUGCCUGAGGAGAGCGUGGGCCUCCUCGUUUCCUAUCCCGCCUGCCACUCCUGCUGCCAACGGUGCACUGCCUCCAGCUGUACCUCAAGCGACUAUCGGACCGGAUAUUCGAAAACAUGGAUUAAAAGGCCGCGGCGGCUAUUAUACAGACUCGGACGGAUCGGUGUAUCAGUCUGGGGCCUCUGCGACUGGCAAUGACGAUUCCAAUGGCUCAACAGUCACAUCAUGGGUUCCGGCCAGCGCAUGCGGCUACGUGAAUGGGAUCAUGGAUGACUACAAAUUCAUGAUUCUGAUGGUAUCGCCAGAUAGCUCUAUCUACUGCCAUUCCAGUAACCAGUGCGUUUUCCACACUCCGGAUAGCAGUUUCCCUGGCAUGGUGGGCUGUUGCGAGCAAGACGACCCAGCACGUUGUGCGUUCGUAACGACCUGUUACGAGAGAGAGGAGAUCGACGCCACUCCUGCCCUCACCAAUUAUCCCACGUAUAUGUUUGCGGUCUACUGUACCAAUCCAUCAAGCACGUUAUGUCGGACAUGGACUUACCCAGAGCUUUCCCUAACCGAUUAUGGGUGCCUUGAUUCUCGAGUCCACCAAACCGUGUACUUGGCAGCAACAUCACUCGCAGGCCCCAGUGCUGGAUCGGACACAUACCCAACAGUGGCCGCUGUCAGUGCGUCUUUCGUGGAUGGUGACUUUUUGAGGGCUUAUGUAUCGGGCUCGGUGCCUUCCUCAACUGGUAGCCCAGGCAGAGUGACAAGCGCUGUCUCAAGCUCAAGCGAGGCUGAAGCUACUUCUCCGGCAGCCUCCUCACCCGCACCCGGAAAUUCCUCCCCUAAAAGCUCACCAACCAACGUCGGUGCUAUAGCCGGCGGUGUUGUUGGAGGAGUCCUCGGCAUUGCUGGAAUUGUAGCUGCGGGCGUCAUGUUCUACCUACUUCAGAAAAAGAAGAGGGAGACGGCGGCAUCUACAGGAGCCUCUCGUUCUAUUGGAGGUGAAGGGCCUGCCUCUCCACCAAUGCAACAGACACGGAUAAGUGCUUUUACGACCACUCCUUCCCAGGGUCAGGGGAGCUCACAUCAGUCAUAUGCGGAGGUGGAUGGAUAUGACGCAGGCCAGAAAUUUCCCUCUCAAGCUGAAGGGCCUGCGCCCGUGUAUACGCUAUAUGAGAUGGAUGCCGGUCGAACUGCCGAGUAUACUAUUGCUGAGCUGCCCAGUCCCGAUCUCCCACCGCCAAGUUACCGGUGA